AUGAUUGGUUAUAGAGCUAACUAGUAUUUGUUGAAGCAAUUCAAGCAGUUAAAUUUCAAAAAUAUAAUGAAUUUAUUUAUUUAAGCCAAGUCAACACCUAAUCCUAACUUUUUGAAGUUUGUUCCAAGUGGAAAAACUGUUAUGAAUGAUGGUACAACUUUAGAUUUUAUAGCUGCUAGAUAUGCUCAUGUUUCCCCUUUAGCAAAGAAGUUAUUCACAAUAGAUGGAGUUAACAGAGUUUUUUAUGGCAAAGAUUAUAUUUCUAUCUCUAAAAAAGAGGAUGCUGAUUGGAAUGAGUUAAAGCCAUAAAUAUUUUCAUUAAUUACAGAACAAUUUACAGGAACUACUCCACUUUUCACAGAUGAGCCAGAGAGAGAAGAUACUAAAAUAAAAGAUGAUGAUAGCGAGGCAGUUUAAAUGAUUAAAGAAAUUAUUGAUACACGUAUUAGACCAUUAGUUCAAGAUGACGGUGGUGAUGUUAUUUACAGGAAUUUCGAUGAACCUUCAGGCAUCGUAACAUUAACAAUGAUGGGAUCUUGCAGUGGAUGUCCAAGUUCUCAAGUUACUUUAAAGCAAGGAAUAGAAAAAAUGAUUAUGCAUUAUGUCCCUGAAGUUAAUGGAGUUGAAAGUGUAGAUUAUGGUGAGAAUGAACAGUCUGAAAAAAAGUCAAACGCUUGA